AUGGUGAAGCCAAAGGGCCCCCAGAAGUCGUAUGCUUCAGCAGCCGGAGAGGGAGCAAGCUCGACUAGAGACGGCACGGCCAACUCGUCAGUAGCUGGUGGCAGCAAGAAGAAGCGCCAUCGCGCAGGCAAGAAGCGUCGCAACCGCAGACAGAGUUUCGCCGCCCCUUCCGAGUCGACUGCUGCCGAACGCGACGACGACGAUCAGCCUCAACGACCGACUUUGACGACCAGCAGACCAUCGGGCAACCAGACCAGCUUCUACCGCCUUAAGUCGGCCGCACGUAGCAACACCAGCCUCGAGAGUGACGCCCUCCUUGACCACCGCGACCACCAGCCCAUUCGUCCUCGCCGAGGAAGCGUCCAGCAGGCUUCGAGAAGCACCGCCGGCCUUUUCCCUCGCAACCAUCGUAACUCCCAGCAUGGAAUCUCUCAGUCCAGUCCCGUCAAGCCUCGCCAGAUGCACUACAGCGACGAUGACGACGAAGAAGCCGUGACCGACCGCACUCCUCUCAUCUCCCAGUCUUACUACGACCGCCCUCCGAUUGAGCGCAACAGAUCAGGCCAUCGCGCCUACGGUGGUACUCGUCGCAGACAGUCUGCCACAUCGCGCACGUCCAGUAAGAGGCUUAGGUACCCAAGCGGCAGCGACGACGACUACGAUGUCAACAACCCUCCGUCUAUGCCUGGUUCCCCUAAGCUGGGAACCCUCGACGACGUUAUGAUCGCUCAGGAAUUCUCUGGUUCCCCAGGCUCUGAAAACCGUGAUGCUGUCAUCAACAUUGACCGUGAUAACAACUCGGAUCGCUUCCCUUCUUCAUCGCCCCCUACUCCGGGUGCCGAAGCUCGUAGACGAACACUCGCCAACCUCGCCGAGAAUGAUGUCUGCUAUCCCGGCAAUAUUGCCGAAUCUGAGAUGGGUGAAGACGACCUUACACCCACUGACCAAGGUCAACGACGAACCAGUCGUCGUAGACGCCAUCGUCAAUGGCCCGACCUUGAUGUCCUGGAUGAGUGGAGCCGUAUCGAAAAGGAGGAGAGAGAUCACACUGAGCAGAUUCGCUCGAAGAAGAUCAGCGAGCCUGUCAUGGUUGGCGGACGUCUGCGUCCUGCAAAGACUCAAUGGCAUCGCGAGGAAGAUGACGCCCCAUACCGUUACACUUACUUCAACGAAACUUUCGACGGCACCAUCCAUAGCAGGACCAUCUCCGAGCUCUGUCAAUUCGGUGCCACCUUCCGUGAGCUCUUCAACCCUGACCCACCGGAGCUCAGUGAUGAUAGCAGCUCGGAAGAGGAGGAUUUGCCAACGGAGGCUCCUUCUGGUCGCGAGUCGAGGCUAAGCUCCAUCGCAGGCGAUGGCAAAGAUAGAUCCGCCUCGAUAACUCCUGCCCAAUCACGCCCCCGUCAACCCAAGGAGAAGCGUUAUGGCCCUCGCCCUACUUUCUGGCUCGACGUUCUCAGCCCUUCAGAGACCGAGAUGAAGAUUCUUGCCAAGGCUUUUGGUAUCCAUCAGCUUACAGUAGAGGAUAUCAUGAUGCAAGAGCCUCGUGAAAAGGUCGAGCUGUUCCAGAGCUACUACUUUGUCAACUACCGAAGUUUCGAGCAAGACAAGGACAACGAAGAAUACAUGGAGCCCGUCAACAUGUAUGUCGUUGUCUUCAAGGAUGGAGUCAUCAGUUUCCACUUUUCCAUGACACCCCACCCUGCCAAUGUCCGCCGUCGUAUUCGUCAACUUAACGAUUACAUGUCUCCGACCGCAGACUGGAUUUCUUACGCCAUCAUUGAUGACAUUACAGACGUGUACGCUCCUUUGGUCCAGGUCAUCGAAGAUGAAGUAGACGAGAUUGAUUACGAGAUUCUUGCUCUGCACUCAUCUGACGAGAACUCGGACGAGAAGGCCAAGAAUAGCGCAAAGGCCAAGGAGCUUGAGUACGAAAAGAUGAACAAGGUCGCGGGAAGCGAUACUCAGUCUGAAAAGGGUGAACGCACUGCCGGCGAUAGUGGUGGUGACAUGCUUCGACGUGUCGGCAACUGCAGAAAGAAGGUUAUGAGUCUUUACCGCCUCCUUGGUAACAAAGCGGAUGUCAUCAAAGGCUUUGCCAAAAGAUGCAACGAGCAUUGGGAGGUUGCUCCCAGAUCUGAAAUUGGUUUGUACCUCGGCGAUAUCCAGGAUCACGUAGCCACCAUGACUGGCAACUUGUCGCACUACGAAAAUCUCCUUUCGAGAGCACAUGGCAACUACCUCGCCCAGAUCAACAUCCGUAUGAACGAGCGUGCAGAGCAGACUAACGACGUCCUUGGCAAGCUGACCGUUCUGGGUACUAUCGUCCUUCCCAUGAACAUUGUCACCGGAAUGUGGGGAAUGAACACCAAGGUGCCCGGACAAGAUGGCGAGGAUCUUACCUGGUUCUGGGGUCUCACAGCCGGUCUGUUCGCUUUCGGCAUGAUCAGUUACUUCAUCGCCAAAAGAGUCUAUGGUAUUGUCUAA